AUGAAGGUUACCUUCCUUCUUAACCGUUACAUACCUCCACUAUCAAUCGUCGCUGCUGUGGCAUUCGAGUUUGCCAGCCUACACACCUCCGAGAAGGCCAUCUCAGGUGUUGUCCUCUUUACGACAGCUCUCUCGGAAGUUGUGCUUUUCAUUCGUGUGUACGCCCUUUCAAACCAAAGUCGCCUUACGGCUGCUUUCUUGAUACUGUUCUGGCUGGUACGUGGUCCAGUUUCUUCCCAAACGCCUCUUGAUGAUUCGAGGUGGCAUUUCAUCGCACAGUCGAUUCACAUCUCGGUCUUCGGCAACUGGCUUAAAGCUGCCGAUAUUUACGAGUUGGUCAUGCUACUUUGUCUCUACUUUGGAUUGUCGAAAUUCUGGUUUUCGAAGAAUCGCUUAACACGCACGUUCUCCCGAGACGGAGCAUACUACUUCAUCGUCUUUUCGAUCGUGUCUAUCUUUAACGUGGUCUUCAGCAUCAUCUUUAGGGGGCAAAAGCACCAUUACUUGUCAACUCCUCCAUCUUCGGAAGAAGGCUCGCGAAGAUAUCUCAAUCUCGUUGAGGGCAUCGAGGUUUCUUGGGGAGAAUUCUCCAGAGAUUUCGGCGAGAAUUCGGCAUGGGGGGAAAAUGAUGGCGAGGAGACAUCCGGGCCACCCGGAGUCGAAGCCAAGGGCAGCGGAUUUGCUUCCGCAAAGUUCUAA